AUGGGCACAUUCCAAGCAUUAACCUUGCCGAUCCUGGUGUCGUCUGUGGUCAGUCUUUACUUCCUGGAGUGGACGGACGUGUUCAAGCCAGUGAAGUCUGGCUUCACCUGCCAUGACCGCAGCCUGAGUCUGCCCUACAUCGACCCCAACCAUGAGGUCAUCCCUCUGCUGAUGCUGCUCAGUCUGGCCUUUGCUGGACCUGCCAUCACGAUCAUGAUUGGUGAAGCCAUCCUGUUCUGCUGUCUGUCUCGGAGUAAGUGUGGAGCAGGAGCAGAGGCCAACAUCAACGCUGCAGGCUGUAACUUUAACUCCUUCAUACGCAGAGCUGUCCGAUUUGUUGGUGUUCAUGCGUUUGGUCUCUGUGCCACGGCGCUCAUCACUGACAUCCUCCAACUGAUGACAGGAAACCCAACACCUUACUUCCUCACUGUGUGCAAACCCAACUACACCACACUGAACGUCACCUGUGAUCAGAAUCCGUACGUCUUGGAGGACAUUUGCUCAGGGGCGGAUCCCGCAGCCAUCAACCAGGGCAGAAAAUCCUUCCCAUCACAGCACGCCACGCUCGCCUCCUUUGCUGCUGUGUAUGUUUCGAUGUACUUUAACAGCACUCUGACAGACUCAUCCAAGCUGCUCAAGCCCCUGCUGGUUUUCUCCUUCAUCAUGUGUGCCAUCAUCUGUGGUCUGACCAGAAUCAUCCAGUACAAGAACCACGCCAUCGACGUCUACCUGGGCUUCCUGCUGGGAGGAGCUAUAGCUCUCUACCUGGGCUUGUAUGCAGUUGGAAACUUCCAACCAAGUGAAGAGUCCACCAACAGCCCCCCUCCAACGCUACAGCGACCACCCUGCUCCCUGCCUCAUAUAAGCCAAGAGGCUGUCCUCCACCACCUGCAAAUGAAAGCCAGCAUGGGUGGGGAGCCUGGAUUACCCACCUCCCACUCUGAGGGUCUCCUUCACCGAAGUCUUCAGCAGCAGAGGCCAGAAGACUGCCUGAACCGUCCCAGUGCUGAUGUCGAAGUGAUCGCCCCCCAUGGCCCUCAAAGCAAAGACGCCAUCAUGACCUUUAGCCACACACUUCCUCGUGUUCACACCCCACAGGCCAUCGCAGCUUACGAGGAAGCGGCCAGGCGUCACGCUGCCACCCUCCACCAUGCCUCUAUGGACUCCAGCCGCUCAAAGCAGCUUCUGUCCCAGUGGAAAAGUAAAAACAACAACCACAAAUGCUCCUUGCAGGUGCCAGACUCCUUCUCCUCUUCUGUGGACUCGUCAUCUGGCCAGUCCUCGCAGCAUCCACUCCACCACGGUAGCAUGGAGCUCCGAUCCAGCUCUGAACCAUCAGCUGUGGGUCUGAAUGGAGGCUUUGAUAGUCACGCAUACAUGUCCAAACUGGCCACAGGUUCCAGUACUACUCUGCCUAGCAACUGUAGUGGCAUCACUGGAGGAGCCAGGAUACCCAUGCAGUCCAGACCUGGCUCUUCACAGCUGGUUCACAUACCAGAGGAAUCUCACGAGAAUUACAACAGCAGCUCCCUGAGAACAGUGGCAGGAAAUGAAGGGAAUAGCAUAGUUCUGGCAAACUGGCAAAGGGCAGCAGAGAAGACAACAGCAUGCAGGACUAACGAUAACGGGCAGGACACUCAGCCAAAAAUCCUGCAGGUGAUUGCUAUGUCCAAGCAGCAGGGUCUACUACAGACUCAUUCCAAGAGCUUAGACGAGAGCAGCAUCAGCUGCAGCACCACUGGGCAUCACCAAGGCUCUGCUCGCUACAGAGUACUAAAUGACCAAGAACCUGCCAGCACCACAGGGCCUAGCUCUCUGGGCAGCACAACAGGCAGUAUUUCAGGGAGCACUGGAGCAAUCGUCAGGGUAGAGGCCCACCCAGAAAACCACAGACCUGUGAUCCAAGCUCCAGCCACAGAUGGAAGUGGCUCAUGGAGAUGGCGGUCCCUGGACCACGGCACCGGAGCUGGUGGAGGUGCAGGGACGAGUGGCGCAGGAGUCGUCGGGAGUUUGAAGCAAUCCUUUGAACUCAAUGAUCUAAACAGAGACUCCGAGAGCUCAGACUCGAUACGUGAAGGGUCCAUUGAAAGGAAGCGUGCCAAUCACAUCAUGACCACCACUGCCACUGUUAGCACCCCACCAAUAGUUACUGUCCACACCCAGAACACUGGCCAGUCAGAGCAGAGGGUCCAACCACAGGGCUUCUCUACGAUCAGGGUCACUCCAGGAGAUGCAAGUGGGUCUGGGUCUGGAGGAGGAGAGAACAUGUCAGAAACCCUCUCACUCGCCUCCAGCCGUGAGUCAACACUGAAGAGAAAAGGCAAUAACAUCAUCCUGAUCCCAGAGAGAGCCAACAGUCCUGACAAUGCCCGCAAUAUUUUCUACAAAGGAACGUCCAUAACUCCUGUUUUCAAGGACUAACGUAAAAACUGAGUGGUGACCCCUGAGCAGAUGUAGCUAAUAAUGCCACACAGCAGCAGCAAUUUUCAGACAACCCCACAACUGUGACACAAGUUAGUAUUACCUGCCAUUGUGUACACAUAUAUAUGUCAUAACUUCAACAGAAAAUGUUGUAUCCAGCAUGAGAUUUUUGUACAUGUUUACACUAAAGCACAACCUUUUAAGUGUUGUAGAAAUAAUCACUGUGUACUUUUGUGGUCACUCCUAAGGAAAGCUGUUGUAAUGUUAAUGCUGUGCCAGUGCUUUGGUGAGAAGAGAACCUUUUUUAAAUAGUUCUGUAUGUUUCAGAUAUAAAUCAUCUCAAAAACAGAAAAAAAGAUGGUUGAACUGUAGCAAAUUACAGCAGAAAUGACUGAGUUGUAGCUGUGAAACCAGUCUUUCCCUCCCUGGUGCUACAAGAGAAGAUAAUAUUUACUAUAUAGUAUAUAAAAUAAUUUGAGAAGAAAAAGACGAUUUAAUUUUAUAAAGAGUGAACAACUAUGAUGUUAAUAUGUGACAGAUAUGUUUUGUAUUUUGUCUCUUUUCUGUACAGAUACCACAUACUCAAUACUGUUUUGAACCAUAAGUGUGCUUAGCAUUCCUUCUGUAGCUAUGAAGUCAAAUAUGCGGUGACUUGCACUGAAAUAUGUGUUUACUGUACCUUGUGUACUGUAAACUCUAACCUUACCUUCAUAUCCUGUAAUUGUGUCCAUGCCACUCUAUUAUCUGUAGCACACAAUGCAGCAAAUCACUGGAAUAGACAAGAACUUUCCCAACUCAUAGAGCAAUGAUGACCUCAAGCUAUCCCACUGACUUUAACAGGGUUUUGGCUGAAUUUGCUACAGGACGUGACAUUUUGCAACAUUUACAGAUGCAGUUGCAUGUUGCGGCUGAACAUCUCUCACCUCACCCUUCCCUUCCAAGUGUGGUGGAAAACCAAUGUAGCCUUCAGAUUAACAACAAGACUCAAAAGUUUUUGUAAAAAUAUUGUGGCCCAAAAUGGCAGCCUCUGUUGAGCUGACCCAGAAUAAAAGGCUCAUUCUGGGGUUAAUCAGUUGAUCAUACACUUAUAUACGUUAUCUUUGUAGCUUUUUGAAGAAUACUGCUGUCAUAUCCUAACAUCAACAGGGUCAAACAUUGGUGUAGUUCUUUUAUGGGCAUCCAUAAUAAAUAGAUAAAUAUAAUAUCUAUACAUUUUUGUGCAGUAUCCAGUUAAAGCUGCCAUAAUAGCAACGUCAUCUAUUGACAAACCUGUGGCCAGACCUGGGCCACACUGGAAUGCAUGAGCGUCAUCAGAUUAAAAGGAGCUACACAUGUCGAUGCAUUACACUUACACUUAAUGGUUUGUGGCUUACAGCAAAAUGAUCUCUGAAAACACUUUCAUGGUCGAUUUCUGUCAAACGUGUCACAAACAACAUUUUCUGCAUCAGUUUCAAAGUUUCUGUUUCCUGAACCCAUUCAUUUUAUUAAACUAUAUAUAAAAUAUUUAUAGGACAGGCAGAAGCUUGGCUUCUUACAGAAGAGUCCUGCCAUUUAGCUGAGAACAGAGACGUAUAUUAUUAAUGGCAAUUUUCAAAGGCAAAGCUCAUCCAGUGUGAACCAGGUGUUAUUGUUGCGUCAGGCUUCCCCUCCCUCCUCACUACAUCACCCUCAUAAAUGCCUUUGGUGAGAGGCGUGGCAUUCAUUCACCUUGACAGAGUUCUGGCUUCUGUUUGGAUAAAGUGUUGUGGGCUACGGAGACCCGUGUGAAAGCUUAACUAUUAAAACUAACUUAAACUUCAAACAGACAGCAGCUUGAAGCCACACAAAAUAAAGGAAAUUCAAAAAUCAAACCUAUUUGAAUAAAAAAAAAAAAACAGAUUUACACAUGCACUAAUCAGAACCAGAUCUUUUUGGAAAGAAGCAUAACUUCAACUUUAACAUCACUAACAGUAAAUAGAUGUUUAAUUUGACACUGAUGAUGAUAAUAAUAAUAAUAACAUGAUUUGCAAUUAAUUAACUUUCAGAUUCUUGGUCCAUUUUUGUUCCAUUUAACAUGACCUCACCUGGUCACCACGACCUCACCUGGUCACCACGACCUCACAUGGUCACCACGACCUCACCCUGGUCACCACGGUCUCACCUGGUCACCACGGCCUCACCUGCAGCCAAACAGAAUUUUGUUGUAAUGUCCGCUGUAUUCUUGUACAAAGCUUCUUAAUCUUAAUCUGGUCACCAUGACCUAAAUUUCAAUAAUGACUCAUUUACAAACUAAAGCUAAGCUUUGGUUUGUGCCUCUGACUAAUACAAACUAAUCAAAACAUACCGUUGUCACAACAUUUAGCCGCUCUAACCCCAUGUGAACUUUUCCACUUCUCCCCAGUAUUUCUGCUCAGCUGAAUACAACACACUGUAUGUGGUAUUUUGUGAAGAGAUCACUCACACAGAUCUUCUGACUGUGGGCCAAACAACUAACAAAUACAUUUCCCAAAACUUUCUUCCUUUCUUUAAAUCACACAUUCAAGCUAAAGGUAGAAAAAGCACAGCUCUGUAAAGCAGAAGCAGAGCAAUGAGGUAACAUAACAUUUGCAGGUGCUACAUGUAGCAUUUUUCAACAAGAAUAAACAAUAAUGCUGUCAAAAUAUUAAUACCUCAGUAUAGUGAUCAUGAAAUGAAAAUGUUUUGCCAUCUUUGGCCUGUAGGUGGCAGGUCUUUAUCUUUUUUUUUUUACUCCCAUUCUGUCCCAGUGCUGUAAAGUUAUUUCCAUUUGUGCCAUAAAGUAACCAGCAAAUUUUCUACCAAAUCUAAGCCAGUGUUUCAGAUGAGAGGCCACUUAAAUAUUGUUUUAUACAUAGUUAAAGAGCAGUGAGUCGUAACAAAAAAGGUUGAGAAGUGUUGAAGAAACUGUUGGUUUACAUCUCGGAGGUAAAAUUAGAACCCAGUGGAUAAACAGUAAAUGUGAUAGAAACACUCUGGGAUUGGCAUUCACGAAAAAAAGAACA